AUGUAUAAAAUGGAGUAUUCUUACCUAAAUUCCUCUGCCUACGAGUCAUGUAUGGCCGGGAUGGACACGUCGAGCUUGGCAUCGGCCUAUGCGGACUUCAGUUCGUGCAGUCAAGCCAGUGGGUUUCAGUACAAUCCCAUCAGGACCACUUUCGGGGCCACCUCCGGCUGUCCGUCUCUCACGCCGGGGUCCUGCAGCCUGGGGACCCUGCGGGACCACCAGAGCAGCCCGUACGCCGCAGUUCCCUACAAACUCUUCACGGAUCACGGCGGACUGAAUGAGAAGAGAAAGCAGAGGCGCAUUCGGACCACUUUCACCAGCGCCCAAUUGAAGGAGCUGGAGCGGGUUUUUGCUGAAACACACUACCCGGAUAUCUACACCAGAGAGGAGCUGGCACUCAAAAUUGAUCUGACUGAAGCCAGAGUGCAGGUGUGGUUUCAAAACCGGCGCGCCAAGUUUCGCAAGCAGGAGCGGGCAGCUGCAGCGGCCGCAGCGGCUGCUAAGUCCAGCUCCGGGAAGAAGUCCGACCCCAGAGACGAAGACAGCAAAGACACCAAAUCUACCGACCCCGAUAGCACAGGAGGACCGGGCCCGAACCCCGUGCCCACCUCCAACUGCGGCGGACCGAGCCCCACCGGAGGCCAAGUCAACACCACCGGGAACGGACAGGUGGAUCAAGUGAAGACCUCCGUGUCCACCGGUAUGGGGGUGACAGCACCGAGCCAAGGCUGGGCUCCCGCCCCGGGGACCAUCACCUCCAUCCCGGACUCAUUGGGCGGGCCAUUCGCCAGCGUACUGUCGUCUUUGCAAAGACAGAACGGAGCCAAAGCUACAUUAGUAAAGACCAGCAUGUUCUAA